AUGCUCGACAAUACGCGAGCUUGGCUGCUUGGCCAGGUCCGCGCCGCCAAGCCGUCCUUCAUAUCCAAGCAGCCGCACUUCAACUUUAUAUCGGCUCACUACUUUUGGAUCGUCAGCCUCACCAUCCUCGCCUCGGUUCUGAUGUAUGCGACGGCCGGCGGCCAGCUCGCCUACAUUGACGCCCUCUUCUUCGCCAGCGGCGCCAACACCCAGGCCGGCCUCAACACGGUCGACGUCAACCUGCUCAACACCUUUCAGCAAAUAUGUAUCUACAUCUUCACCAUGACGUCGAACCCCAUUGUCAUUCAUUCCUCCGUCGUCUUCUUGCGUCUUUACUGGUUCGAGAAGCGCUUCCAGAACAUGGUGCGCGACGCCCGCGCCCGCCGGGUCACCAUUUCCAAGUCGCGCGCCAAGGCCCAUCUCGACAUGAACCAGGCCGAAAUGGGUGUCGCCGGGCGGAAUAUUAGGAUCAUGCCCAACUCGGGAAGCAGGAUCACCAAUGACGGCAUCAUUCUGGACAAGAAGGUGGAGAACGGCGGCCGCGAGUCCCCCAGUAGCAACCACACGGCAGUCCCAUCUUCCUCCGACACGGACGACAGCAGGCGCAGCGGCGCCAAUGGUCACUCCGAACGGCCCUCGUCAGGCGACACGGCCGCCCGAAGCUCGUACACGCCGCGGACUGCCCGCGGUGACGACAUUGAGCUGGACUCCAUCCACGGCCCGCGCCGCCUCUCACACGCUGAGCACCUUGCCAUUCUCGAGCGUCAACGUCGCGGCUACGACGAGACCUUGAGGAUACCCAAUCCUAGGGAUGUGGAGAAGGGCAUCAAGCCCAAGCGCGUCGAGGAGGGCGACGCCCCCGAGGCCGAGGAGGAGGAGGACCCGAACCAGCCUGGCAUAAGGAGCCCCGGUAACACGAGGCCCAACACGCCGCCUGAGGGUGUCAAUCCCCGGAACCGACAGCCGACGAUUAAGAUUUUCGAGCCCCAGAAACCCAGCGAGCGCCGGCAGCGCCCGGCACAACAGAACGAGGAGUCUCCCGAGAGAGACACGAUGGACGAGCUGGCGGAGAAGGCCACCGUCAUUGGCAACGUGCUCGACUCGGUCAUGUUUCGCAAGCCGCGCAUCUUCCAGCGGGGGCAGAAGAAGUACCACGUCGAUAGUGACGAGGACGAGAAUGACGGUCCGAGGCCGGGCCCCAAGCAUCGCACUCGGACACUUGAUGUCCUCAGGGGCGCCUUGACCGGCGAGAAGGCGGAUGACGCUCCUUACCUCAGCUGGACGCCUACGCUGGGCCGCAACUCACAGUUUCCCGGACUGUCGCUUGAACAGCGCGAGGAACUCGGAGGCAUCGAGUAUCGAUCUCUGAGGACGCUGGCGCUUCUCCUCGUCUGCUACUUCUGGGGCUGGUCCAUCUUCGCCUUGGUCUGCCUGCUGCCGUGGAUCAAAAGCCCGUCGAACAAUGAGUAUGCCCAAGUCGUCGACGCCGCCGGCAUGUCGAGAACUUGGUGGGGCUUCUUCACUGCCAAUUCGGCCUUCCUCGAUCUUGGUCUUACCCUGACACCUGACAGCAUGGUGUCGUUUAACCAGUCACAAUACGUUCUGAUGAUUAUGGUUUUCCUCAUCAUCAUUGGCAACACUGGCUUCCCCGUCAUGCUUCGAUCCAUCAUCUGGGUCAUGGCUCGCCUCGUUCCCCGAGGUUCAGGUCUGUGGGAGGAGCUGCGGUUCCUCCUGGACCACCCGCGCCGUUGCUUCACCUUGCUGUUCCCGGCCAGCGCUACCUGGUGGUUGUUCUGGAUCCUCAUCGGACUGAACGCCAUCGACCUGUUGUUCUUUGUCUUGCUUGAUCUCAACGAUAACGUCGUCAGCGACAUGCCUGUCCAUCUCCGAAUCGUCAAUGGCCUGUUCCAGGCGGCAUGCACGAGAACGGCAGGCUUCUCUUCUGUCAACCUGUCGCUCCUUCAUCCGGCCGUGCAGGUCUCUUACAUGAUGAUGAUGUACAUCUCCGUCUUCCCCAUCGCCAUCUCGAUCCGCAGGACCAACGUGUACGAGGAAAAGUCGCUUGGCGUCUACAACAGCGCCGAGGACGACGAGACGAUCAAUGACGCCAGCGCCAUGUCGUACGUCGGAACACAUUUGCGACGGCAGCUGUCCUUCGAUCUGUGGUAUGUCUUUUUGGGGCUGUUUAUCUUAUCCAUCACGGAGGGCUCGAAGAUCAAGAAGAACGAGUUCAACGUGUACAGCAUCCUGUUUGAGCUGAUCAGUGCCUACGGCACGGUCGGCCUGAGCCUGGGGUAUCCAAACGUCAACGCGUCCCUCUCGUCGCAGUUCACGACCGGCGGAAAGCUCGUCAUCAUUGCCAUGCAGAUUCGUGGUCGCCAUCGCGGCCUUCCCUACGGCCUCGACCGCGCUGUCCUCCUUCCCAGCGAAGCGCGGUUUGCCGACGAGGCGUUGGAGACGCAAAACGGUCUCACUCGGCAGAUGACGGCCGUGACAAACCGGACAGGCGCCGACCUGCAGAGAGGACGAAGCAGAGAUAGGGGCAUUAUUUCGUCGUUUCUGCAUCCGGGGCCCGCCGUGCCGCGCGAGGAUCGGAACCUCGCCCGCCGCGUGUCCUUUGAUGCUGGGGUCUCGGCCUCGGGCGCCAACGGCACGGAAGGGCCAGACUUGCGCCGACGGCACACGGUGGCUGUGGAAGACGCUGACACGGACGAGGACGAAGAGAUUGCGCCCGCGGCGCGCGCUCGCCGCGUCUUCACGACACCAAUGGGCUAG